UAUAUUUCUAAAUAAAACUGUUUUAUAGACAAACAGCCAACAAAACUCAUAAGUAGCUCCUCCUUUAUUAAAAUCUGUAUUUACUGUAUAAUAUAACCUGAUUUUAAUAAAGUACAGUCUCUAACGCUUAGCCAGAUAGUUUAACCAAUAUUAGCAAUGGUAAUGACUGAGUGAAUCCUGUUUAAACUCACCUCAACUGCAGUAAUUUAACCCAACGUGUGUGUUUAAAGUGUGCAAAAAUGAAUGUAUCAGCAAUUAAGAGCAGAUCAGCAUGUUCAAAAUGCCAAACAGUUAAUAAUCUUAAAUCCAUUUCUUGUUUUUGUCAGAGCUGGUAAACUUUUUUUCUCCCCUAGUUAUUCCUAAUUUUCUAACCACAACUUGUGUGUUAUUACAGGGUGUCUCUGUCAGUAAGAACAGUCCUGCAAUUGUAGGCUGGGUGGUGUACCUUUUUUGGCUCUUGUGUACCAUGAAUGUGGAAUUGUAAAGACUGUGAUGCAGAAGAAGCUACAAGAUCUCAGUUACUGAAACACUACAGGGAGCACUACAGAGCAUUUGAACUUCAGUCAUCUUCAGCAAGAGAAAUUGUGUUGGUUGAGUUAAGUGAACUGACGGACAGCUACCCUUUGGUUGACUACAAGUGUGGAAUCCACCGAAUGGUCUCCCUUAAAAGAUACAUACACACAUCUGAUUAACCUGUUGACCAGUAUGUCUGCUUCAGCUGUGCUUCGCAUCAUCCUAGGGCAAGAUGACUCCACUAAAUUAACCCUGCCCUUUGGAAUACCAGACUCUGUUGAGGAACUUAAAAGUGAGAUAAAGAGACAAUGUGAUGUGUCAGGAGACUUUAGGAUGCAGUACAAGGACAUUGAUUUUGAUGAGUUUUUAAACUUGACCUCCACUUCAGACAUUCAAAACAAGGCAACACUCAAAGUGAUCUACGUCCCAGGUGCCUCAUCUACAAGUAGCCCUUGCCUUUCACCACAGACACCCACCCAGGAUGAGAACAGAUCCAUGUCGUCAGACACAGACAUUCUCUCAUCUUCAUCAUCAUUGUCAUCGUCUUCGUCGUCACCAUCCCUGCGAUGUUCACCAUGGCCAGAUGCCUUUCCUGUGCCAGUGUUUAUCUAUGAUGUUGAGAUCCAGCUCCAGCGGGCAAAUAGUGACUUUGAAAGUAAUGGUACCCUCUUCAGUCCUAGUCCAAAAAUGAAGUCUGACAUUCUUGAAUGCUUGGCAUCACAAAUAAUCAAAUAUAAAGCAUAUCCCUCAAAUGCUGAAUUUGAUGCAGUAGCUGAAGCACUGGUGAAGAAGCACCCAUGUUUAAGGGAGCAAGGAUCUGUUACUGGCUUCUCUGGGUGGAAGAUUAGUCUAAAAUAUAAGAUGGCGAAUUUUCGCACUAAGCUGCGAAACAUUGGAUGUUCAGAACUGAAUGUCAAUUCCCUUAAGCGUAAACAGAGUGGUCAGCACACAUCUCCAAAUCAAGUGAAGAAACCUAGAAGAGCAGAGGUGAACUACUGUCCAGACUUUCCUGUCGGCCAUACCAAAGAGAGCCUAGAGCAAGAAAGGCUGUCACUGUUGUCCGAGGUGACGAAGAAAAACAAUGAACAGGUGGUUAAGGUGAAAAUGGAAAAGACAUUCGCUUACAGACGGCAUGAGGUGAUUGAAGACAAGCCGUUCAUUGCAAAUUUCAAGGAACGGUGGCCAGCUCUCUUCUCUGAGCGAGAGGUUGAAGCAGAGUUUGCACGCAUCACCACUGUCCCACUGAGAUCUAAGUUCAUGCAGCAACUUGAUUACCACUCUUCCCAGCUGAUGAAAGUUUUGCCACGGAAAGGAGGAGUAGCUGGACAAAAAAUCAAGAAUAUCUUUGCUGACGUGGACAAGAAUGAUGCCAUUGAAACAAGAAGAGCAUGUGUACUGAAGGCACUAAUUGUCUACCUGAAUGAAGACCCCGAAAACCUCAUUAGGGAGUAUCUUGAUGUUGAGGACAAGCAGGAGAUGGAGCAGACAGUUCUGGGAGUCUUUGCUGUAAAGAAGGAGGGGGCAGAACCCACUGAUGACCUGGAAGAUGUCGGUAUAGUCAUCGAAGGAGUGGAAGUACUUCGCACCCUUGGUAACAUUGCAAAUGCAGUUGCCAUUUUAUUUGGCCUCAUGUACUCACUGGAUUUGAGCUACCCAAACAAUCUUAAGUACACAUUUGAGGUUCUGCAGAAAGUUGUUAUGGAACUGGAUGACAAACAACUGUCAAGAAAGGCUCAAGUGUUAAAAAACAAACUGUUUGAAGGGAAAGUGUAGACUUUGAAAGUGAGUGCCACUUCAGAGUAUUCCAAAGAGGACAACUUUGACCUGAGGUAUUUGAAAUCCAGGACAAUUUGAAUGUUAGUGUUCUGGUUUUGUUUGAAGUUCUAAUGUUUGAUGUUUUAACGUUUUAAAAAUGUUCACAAAAGGGAGUAAGGAGGGAUAUUAAAAGCCAGAACAGGAAAACGCCAUGCAUCAAAGGGUAUUAAGAAAUUUCUUAAAAGGAACCCUGCCUGGUAGCACUUAUUUCUUAAUAUGUUGUUAUUACUCUAAAUCACUAAGCUAUGGUGUUGUUAAAAAAAAAAAAAAAAACGGACAAUAAAUUAUUAGUUUGAGAAGUGCUUUUAUUCUACUUAUUUGACAUAUGGGUGCCGCCAUUAUUUUGCACCAUAUUAGGCUUACAAGUGAUAUCAGCUGGGGUUCACUUUAAAUUUUCUUAAUUGUUUGAUACAAGGUUUCCGUUACCCUUAUAUUAAUGCUACAACAUUAAUCAUCCUUGUUUCUAUUCACAUUGUCUAUCUGAACAGCUCCACUGACCAUACAGUAGCACUUUUUAGUCUUAUAGUCCUUUCUCUCUGGCUUUGUGUGCACACUGGAUUUGAGCAACCCAACUAAAAUUAAGGUACACACUGCUCCACCAUAAUCCAUUUGACGCCAUCACAAUCAUGCCAGUGUCACUGCAGUGCUCAGAAAGACCCACCACGCAAAUAGCUGCUAUAUGGAGGAUAAAUGUUUAACUAAUUUGAAUAUUCAGAUAUUGGAAUAUGAGUAAAAAAAAUUAAGUUUAAAUUCAUAAAGAAAACCACUGUUUUUAAAUAGUCAAUAUACUAACUAAUUCACAUGAUUUAAGUAAGCACUGAGUAAUAGAGGGGAAAAAAGAUUGAGGUCCAUUUAUAAUUUAAAAUAAAUAUAUUAUUCAAUAUAUAAUUGUGACAGGCAAGAGGAUAAAAUAGGCAUACUAAAUGCAGUCUGUAAUUAUAAAACUAAACUGUGUCUAAUAGGAUCAGUGGAGCUAAAAAAGUGAGGGGAAAAGUGAACAGAAGUCACUGGUACCAUGUUUUACGUGUAUUGGUUUAAGCAUGGUGUUUUGAUAAUGAUCUGGCUAAUGUGUUGCACUUAUGGAAUUGAUAAGCAAAGGAAAUUUUAUUUUGUUUACUUAUUUAUUUUAUGCCUUAUUAUAUUGGGUCAAUGUAAUAGAAGAUGUGCUUUUAAAAAUUAUUCUAUCAUAAUUAGAAACUGCUGGCAUUGAAAAGAGAUGUUUUAAUAUAAAGUUCUUAUUAAGUCAGAUGUUUUUCAAGUCUCAAAAGUAAACAGGAAAGUUCAAUUCAGGCAAUUUUAUAUUCUCUAUUGGAAGAUGUGUUUUUUUUUAUAUGAAGAAAUAAAAUGAUCUAAUGCAGGGUUUCUUAACCAGGGUCAGGUUUUGACAUACUUCUUGGGGUUCUCAAAUGUAAAGCUAAUUAAGCGUGUUUCUUUAGGCUAACUGUGUAUCGCGUUGGAUCCGGAUUACAAAGACCUGAUUUAAUGUUUGUUUAAAUGCAGUUCAGAAGGAUGAAAUUGUAACUAAGAAGCAGUUGUGUUUUAUCUAAUGUGUGGCUAAUGAGUUGAAAGGGAUUUAGAGUUCAGAAAUGUAAGAUGUUCAAAAGAUUUGUAACAGUUCAGCUAAAGGUUGUGUGUAAGUAAAGGUAAAUUGGGAUCCCAUGUACUUUUUGUUGUGUGCACAUUGCAAAACAACCUUGUAAAAGGACAAAAAAUACCAAUUAAAUGUUGCAAAUGACCAUAAAGGACUCCUUUUUUUUGCAAUGUAUGCAGUUGACCAUGGUUUGUCUGUGUGCUAAAUAAUUAUUUCACAGAAA